UAAUAAGAUUGGUUUUCUACUCUUGAUUUCCAAACGGUCGGGCUUACUCUUAAUAGACCAAAGCCUAAAAUCCAACCACCGGUACCAAAAUACGGGGUAUACCUCCUCUGCUAAAACCCUAAACCCUCAACCAUCUCUCUGCCAUUGAAUCCCAAAAACGAAGAAAUGCUAUUGUUAGCUCGAAACCACUCCCUCUCAAAGCUAAAACCCCUCCUUUCUCUCUCUCUGAUUUCCCAUUCUUUCACAACCCAAACCCCAUAUUCUCAUUUCACUUCAAUCCCAAAACCCCAUUUCCAAAACCCCACAAAUUCUCAACCUUUACCAUUCUCAACCAUCUUCUUCAAACCCUUCUCGUCAUCUAAAUCGUUGCCCUUGAACCGUGAAGGAAAUUACGAUGAAGCCACCACCCAAGCUCACCUCGUCUGCCCUGGUUGUGGCGUUCACUUGCAGGACUCUGACCCUAAAACCCCUGGCUUCUUCCUCAAACCCUCAAAAAAGGAUCCAAGGACUUAUCGAUUGGGUGCCCAUCUCGAGCAUGUUGCGCACGAGCCAGAAUUCAACGAUUCCCUCAAAAGGGGUCUCAUAAUCGACCCCGAAAACCUGAGCCCUGAAUCCAAUUUGGUCGAACUCAAGCCGGAGAAACCGGUGGUCUGUGCACGGUGCCACUCUCUGAGGCAUUACGGUAAAGUGAAGGAUCCAACGGUGGAGAACUUGCUUCCCGAUUUUGAUUUUGAUCAUACGGUUGGGAGGAAGUUGGCAUUAGCCUCUGGGACCCGAUCAGUGGUGCUAAUGGUGGUGGACGCUGCAGACUUUGAUGGGUCGUUUCCCAAAAAGGUUGCCAAGUUGGUUUCGGAUACAAUCGAGGAGCAUUCAGCAGCUUGGAAACAGGGUAAGUCAGGGAAUGUGCCAAGAGUGGUGCUUGUGGUAACAAAGAUUGAUCUUUUGCCAAGUUCAUUGUCACCAACAAGGUUAGAGCAUUGGGUUAGGACAAGAGCAAGGGAGGGCGGAGCCAAUAAGUUAACAAGUGUGCAUUUGGUGAGUGCUGUUAGGGAUUGGGGGUUGAAAAAUCUUGUUGAUGAUGUUGUUAGCUUGGCAGGACCAAGAGGGAAUGUGUGGGCAAUAGGCGCACAGAAUGCAGGGAAGAGUACGUUGAUAAAUGCAAUUGGGAAGCAUGUUGGAGGGAAGAUUACGCAUCUGACAGAAGCGCCUGUGCCCGGAACAACAUUGGGAAUUGUUAGAGUGGAAGGUGUACUUCCUGGUCAUACCAAGUUAUUUGAUACGCCCGGGCUUUUGAAUCCUCAUCAGAUUACAACCAGAUUGACAAGAGAAGAACAGAGUCUUGUAAACAUUAGCAAGGAAUUGAAACCAAGAACAUACAGGAUCAAGGAUGGUUAUUCAGUUCAUAUCGCUGGGCUUAUGAGGCUGGAUAUAGAAGAAUCAUCAGUAGAUACUGUUUAUGUUACAGCAUGGGCAUCUCCUUAUCUUCCAUUACACAUGGGAAAAACAGAAAAUGCAUGCACAAUGGUAGAGGAACAUUUUGGUCUUCAAUUACAGCCACCAAUUGGAGAGACUAGAGUCAAGGAGCUUGGGAAGUGGGUGAGAAAGGAAUUUCACAUCAGUGGAAACAGUUGGGAUUCAAGUUCGGUGGAUAUUGCUGCUGCAGGUCUUGGUUGGUUUGCUGUUGGACUUAAAGGAGAGGCAGUUUUGAGUGUUUGGACGUAUGAUGGUAUUGACGUUGUUCUUCGCAAUGCAUUGCUUCCUAAUAGAUCAUACAUUUUUGAAGUUGCUGGUUUUACAGUCUCUAAAAUUGUCUCUAAGGCUGACCAAGCUUCAAAUAAGCCACACCACCGAAGUGAGAAGAAGAGGAAACAAAGUGACCGAAAGGAAUCUGUUGCUUGCUGAUUCAUCAUAUUAACAAUUGAAGCUGGUAAAGGAUAUGUGGCAGUUCUUAUCAAAACAGGUGAAAGUGUUGUAACAAUUUAUGGUUGAUAAUACUACAGGUGAGAAAUGUCGAGUAAACAACAUCAACCUUCUAUUAGAAUGACAAAGCUAGGCGUCCUAUUUGAGCCACAGAUGAAAUGGUUGAUGCUUUCUCUGACUAUAAGUGGGGUGGAUGUUCCCAAUUGGAAGUGAUCUUUCUCCAGCAACUAUAUCAAGAACAGCUCGAAGGCAUUGUUUUCUACUGCACUUACCACUAAAGUAAAAGACGGCUUGCAAAGGGAUAAACAUGCCGUAUUUCGAGUGAAAGCAUAUGAGCUAACUGUCUCAUGCUCAUUUGAUGGGCCUAUCUUAGAAUUUCUUAUUUAUUAUUCUUCUCUGUAAAUUGUAAGUGUGAAAAGUUGAGUCUCAGUUUAGAGUUGUUUUGGUAUGAAGUUAAUGCUUUUGCACUGUUGUUGAAUGGUAAA